AUGUCAAUAUCAAUAGGUUAAUAAAGGGAUAAUAGCCAUUUAAGAGUACUCGUUACAGGUGCUUCUGGUUAUCUUGCAGGUCACGUUCUUUACUAUCUUCUUGAAAGAGGUUAUAAAGUGAGAGGAACUGUGAGAUCUUUAAAGGAUCCUAAAAAGAUUAAUCAUUUAUACGAUAUCUAUCCUUCUCAAAAAGAUAAUUUAGAACUUGUUGAAGCUGAUCUUUUGAAUAAAGAUUGUUGGGAUUCAGCAAUGAAGGAGGUGGACUACGUGAUCCACGUUGCUUCUCCUUUCCCAAAUGCAAAGCCAAAAAAUGAAGAUGAAAUUAUAAAACCUGCAGUUGAAGGAACAACUUCAGUUUAUGAAGCAGCAUUACGUAAUAAUGUAAAAAAAAUAGUUAUUACCUCCUCUAUUGUGGCUGUAUUCACAGGAAUUAAAGAAAAAAACAACUUUACUGAGAGUGAUUGGUCAAACAUACCACAAUGUCCUCCAUAUGACAAAUCAAAGACUUUAGCAGAAAGAAAAGCUUGGGAAAUUUAUGAUAAAAAUAAAGAUAAGAUUCAAAUGACUAUAAUCAACCCUGGCUUUAUAUAAGGACCUUCUUUCCAUUCAAAUUAAUUUACUAGUGCUGACUUUGUUGUUAGAGUAAUGAAAAAUGAUCUUCCUGGUAUACCUAAAAUCAGUCUUCAAACAGUUGAUGUCAGAGAUGUUGCUUUAGCUCAUGUAGUAUGUCUUGACCAAGACAAACUUGAAAUCACUAAUGCUAAAAGGUAUCUUUUAGUAGAAGGUUCUUAUUGGAUGGCAGAUAUGGUUUAAGUACUAAAAGAAGAAUUCAAAAGAUUUGGAUAUAAAUUCCCUUCCUUUAAAGUUGAAAGUAAGCUCUUAUUUUCUAUGGCUGGAUGCAUUGAUGAUUAAGUUGAGCUUGUGAAACCAUUCUUUGGUAGAAUGAUUACUUUUGAUAACUCUGCUUCUAAAAAUGAUUUAGGAAUUAAAUAUAUUUAUUAUAGAAAAACAUUAAUUGAAUUCGCUUACGAUUUAAUUAAAAAAGGUGUUAUUCCUAACAAAAUUAACGCCUAAAAAUUAUGA